AUAAUUGCGUAUAUCAAUCAGCAUGUAAGUUACACUUUCAAUAAAAUAUUUCCUGACUGCCCUACUGCUAACCAUACUACUUAUGUGAUACACACUCAUUCACUCUCACUAUCGAAUAUCUACUAAUGUGAUGAAUUGACGGAAUGUGUUCGAUGCAGAAAUGUCUAGUGACAAGCAGCGAAACACACCUCACCAAUCAAUACUCUUUCUUGGGAUGAAGAAUAAAUUCUGUUAAACGGUUAUCUGAAGUCAGUUCGUGAUUUCGUUAUUCUAUGUAGAACGAUAGUCUACUUUACUUGACCACUCGUCUAUGUUUCAUUCAAGUGUCAAUUUUGUCACCAAAGCAGAAACUAAUUCAUCCUUACUGAAAUCGUUUGUAAACAAUAAAUUUUUUGAAGUGAGCCUCUAUAUUUCGCACCACCACACGUUUUAUUCGCCUCAGUCUUCAAGUUCAGUCUUCCAAUUUGUUAUGGGAUUUUGUGUGACACCAGUUGAACACUAGAUGCCUGAUGCUGGUUGGACAGCUAGCCGAAGUGAUCGAUUCAAAUCCGUUGAAGACGCACGAAUUCUACUCGGUGUCAUGCGUGAGGAUGAAAAGUUAAGGAAGAAAAGACGACCAACAGUUGACCAUCAAAAUGUGAGCUUGGAAAUACCAUCGACCUUUGACUCACGAAAGAAGUGGAGUCAGUGUAAAAGUAUAUCGAGUAUUCAUGACCAAUCUCGAUGUGGUUCAGGCUGGAAAUCUGUUUGUGGCCUUAGCGAUUAUUUCAUAUAUUGUCCACAUAUGCUGAGCUUUCUUUUGUUACAAAUCAAAAUAAUCAAUUCUUUCCUUGUCUUGACACAACUGAUGUUUUUAAAGGGUUUCAUUCCCUAAAUUCUUCACAAAGCCUGUGUUUAGAUGACGUGUUAAGUAAUAAUCUCAGAAAAUAUGCGGAUAUUACUGUUGUCCUGUUACUGGUGUUUUCAAUGUAUUAUUUCCUGAAGCUUUUACUCCGCGUCGUUUGGUAGGCCAUUAAGAUUGUACCAUUAGUUAAAUCAUUCACUCAAUGAUGUGCGAACCUUAGACUCACUGCUAUUACCUCAUACUUUGUGAAAAAUGUGGGAAAAUCGCUCUUACAUAAUAGUCAACCUUCACUAAUGACUCUGAAUGAUCCAAAACAGUUGACUUACAAAUACCGAGGAAGUGAUUCGGAAGUUGUAUCUGAUUUUCAUUGUAAUUGCAUUGCCAGGUGAAACAAAGGUGCCAUGUGCAUCCACUGUGACUACAUAGACUAUAAAUCCUCCUUUGACCUCUUUAUUUAAGCAAGUUGGUUGUGACGCAGAAUGAGAGCUGGAUUUUUAAGUGAAAAUUGGGGAAUAUACGAAUGAAGCUCUUUCACCUUAUAGGUUACUAAAGCCAAUGUCCCUGAAGCUUCUGCUCCUUCUACUUUGCUCUCCUCAUUCUCCUUGAGCCAUUCACCCCUAUUAUAACGAAAUUAAUUUAGUCAAAUAUACUGAUGAGCUGACUGUUUCCUUUGCCUUGUUACUCCCCACUGAGAUUCUCCUAAAAUGAAUGGCAUAAAUAUGAGAAAGUAGCCAGUGGUCCUUGUAAAGUGGUCGUAAGCUGAAUCCAUCCAAAUAUCAGGCGAAUCAUAUAUCAUUGUAGCCUAAAUGACCUGGUUCAUCCUCACGACUCCAGUCAUAUGAAGGGGACUGAAGUGGAAACUGAGUUGAGUGUUCAGUAGCUUGAAAUACGCUUGUCCCGUGAUAUUUUGCUGGUUGCCCAAUGCAGUUGAUUUCCGGGGAAAUAUUUCACUUAACAUUCUACAUACAAAGGUUUAGACACUGUUUUAACUUUAACAACUUGUUGUCUCUUUCGCUUUGCUUAUUUUUCGUGGAUUACUUUAAGAAGACUUUGUGAAGGACACCAGGACCUGUAAGUAGGGUGUUUUGUUUGGCGAUAUACAUUUGAACUGUAGCAAGUAAAGUCACUAUUAUCAUUAAUAUUCUCAUCACACUGAUCACUAUAAAUAUUUUCCCGGUACCUGAAGAGCAAUGGAUACACUGCUGUAAUAUAUGCGGGAAAUUCCUUUUAUCAUUUUUCAGGCAUUCGCUGCAGUUGAAGUAAUGAGUGAUCGUAUCUGCAUUCAGUCGAAAGGGAAGAAAUCUGUCGAAUUAAGUGCAGUCGAUCUACUCAGCUGUUGUAGGGAAUGUGGUUUGGGCUGCCUCGGAGGAUUUCCUGGAUCAGCCUGGGAUUACUGGGUAGAAGAAGGCGUUGUUACUGGCAGUUCAGGAGAGAAUCACACAGGCUGUCAACCAUAUCCAUUCCCUAAAUGCGAACAUAAUACUACAGGAAAGUAUCCAGCAUGUGGUCAAAAAAUUUACGAGACACCGAAAUGUCAAAAGAAGUGUCAAAAAGGGUACAAAACACCCUAUAAGAAAGACAAGCACUAUGGUAAGGUGGCUUACAACGUACCUAAUAACGAAGAUUCAAUCAAAAAAGAAAUUAUGAUGCAUGGACCAGUGGGAUCAUCUUUCACAGUAUAUUCAGAUUUCCUUAACUAUAAAUCUGGAAUUUACAAACAUAUGAAAGGAACUGAAAUUGGUGUACAUACUGUUAGAAUCGUAGGAUGGGGUGUAGAGAAGGGUACCCCUUAUUGGUUGAUUGCCAAUUCGUGGAAUGAAGAUUGGGGAGAGAAAGGAUACUUCAGAAUUUUACGUGGAAAAGACGAAUGUGACAUUGAGUCACUGGUUAUAGGUGGAUUACCUCGUAAUUGA